GAGGUUGUUAAAGACAUCAGUCACUUAAGUCUGAGAAGCGCGUCCAAAAGGGAAAUGGAAAGAUCUCAGAGAAAAGGUGGACCGAAUCCUGCCAGGAAAAACCAGGGUGGGGCUCCCACGAUUUAUGAGACCAAGACGGAGAAACUGAAUAGUCAAAGACACCAAGAGGACCUGAAGGAGAAGAAGGAGAAAGUGGAGGAGAAGGCUGGCCGGAAAGAACGAAAGAAAGAAGUAGUGGAGGUGUGGAGAUGGCCCCGCUCUGCCCCAACAUCCUUCCCCCUCUUCUUACCUUCCUGGGGAUGUUGGGGUCCUGCCUCUCUCCUGGCUGCCCCCCCAUUCCUUCCCUACCCCGAGUCCUUUCAUCGCCCAGUGAGUGGUAACACAGCCAGCCUGACAGCGCUCGCUCCCUGCCUUGGUCCCCACAGGAGGAGGAGAAUGGAGCUGAGGAAGAAGAAGAAGAAACUGCCGAGGAUGGAGAGGAUGAUGAUGAAGGAGAUGAAGAAGGAUGAAGCAGAUCCCAAGAGGCAGAAGACAGAAAAUGGGGCAUCGGCAUGAGCCCCUGCCAGUGGGCUUGGGGACGGGAGGCCCCUCAGGUCCUGGAGGUGGGGCAGGAACACACAAGUACAGCCCCGCUUCUCCUGGCUCCCUGCUCUGGCCCUGCCCCAGAGCUGUGACCCUCGCCCUUCCACCCAGCCUCUCAUUUCCAUCUCCAGACACUGCUCCUCCACCCUCACUGCCAUCCUUCCAGCUCCCGAUCCGCCGCCUCACCUGAGCUCCCCAGCCGGCCCUCACUGGUCCUCUAGCAUUCCUUGUCCUUCACUUCCCCUCACCAUCCCAUCUGUCCUUGCAAAGCCUCUCCUUACCCUCGGCACCCCCAGCCUCUCAGCCUGCCCUUCUCUCCUGCCUGAUCCCUGGGUCUCCCUCAGAUUCCCUCCUCAGACAGCGCCAGGCCGGGGUGGGGCCGGGGUUGGGGCCAAGCCCCGAAGCUGCCCCCCUCCCCUUUUUGUAUAAUUUAAUAAAGAAACGGUCGCGCUUCUGUUUUUAA